ACUAGUAGCCUGGGGGCUGGCAGGCAGGCGGGCCCUUCCCCCCGCCCCUCCCCCUCCCAGAGCACGCCCGGGGCCCGGCCUCCCUUCUGGCCUCGGGAGGACGGCGGGGGGCUCCCGGAGAUAAGGCGGGGCCCGGGCCAGGGCGGCGGGGGCGGAGCCGCCAGGGGGAGCGAAAGCGAAAGCCGGAGCUCGGGGUGGGGAGCUGGGAGACGGCUGCACCUCUCCGGCCGCCGGCAGCAUGGCCAAGGCGUGCGAGCUGCGGCUGAGCGGGGAGGCCCGCAGACAGGUGGACGUGUUCCGGCAAAGUCUCUUCCAGGAGGCCGAGGAGUUCCUCUCAGUCUUCCUCCCUGGGAAGAUCAUCCAGCUGCAUCUGCUUCUGAAGGAGGAGUCCUUCAAUGUGAGCGACCUGUCCUCGCUUCGAGCCCCGCUGGACAUCCCCAUUCCAGAUCCUCCACCCAAGGAUGACGAGAUGGAGACAGACAAACAAGAAAAAAAAGAAGUUCCCAAGUGCGGCUUCCUCCCUGGGAAUGAGAAAGUCCUGGCACUAAUUGAUCAAGUUAAGCCAGAGAUUAGAACUCUCAAAGAAAAAUGUGUUCUGGUGAUCACCUGGAUCCAACACCUGAUCCCCAAGAUUGAGGAUGGCAAUGACUUUGGGGUGGCCAUCCAGGAAAAGGUUCUAGAACGAGUGACAGCAGUGAAAACCAAAGUGGAAAGCUUUCAGACAACCAUUGCCAAGUACUUCUCUGAACGUGGAGAUGCCGUGGCCAAGGCCUCCAAGGAGAUGCAUGUGAUGGAUUAUCGGGCCUUGGUACAUGAACGGGAUGAGGCAGUCUAUAGAGAACUUCAGACCAUAGUGAUGGAUCUCCGUUCUUUCUAUGCUGAGCUCUAUCACAUCAUCAGCAACAACCUAGAGAAGAUCACCAACCCAAAGGGUGAAGAGAAGCCAUCUAUGUACUGAGCCCCAGGGCCAUAAGGGAAAUAAAUAAUCUUAACUCCUCUAACAAACU